UCAAAAUCGCCGCUGUGUGACUGUCUGAGAGGAAACAGAAUAGUGAAGUAUCUAAAGGUAGCGAUUUUUGUAGUGUUGUUGGGACAGUCAGCGUGUCAGGGACGUUUUACUCAUUCGGUAAACUCAUGUUUUGUGUUACUUGAUUUUUAUUUGUUUUUCAAAGUGUAUAACAUUUACUAAAGAGGCGCAUCGAUAACCAGCUAGCUAGCUAGCUUGCAGCCACAUAGGUCUGUGGGAGCUGGCUAGCUAGCUAGAUUUUGAAGCCCGCUAGCAAACAGUAACCACUUACGAGUUUGCUUUGUUGUGACCAUCUUCCUCGAUACCGUUUGUGGUUUGUAUGAGCGCAAGUUCAUUUCCACCUGUUGUUUAAAAGCGGGAGUGAGCUAUACGAAACAUUUCGAGUCGCCAGACGAAGUUGUAUUGUGGAGUGGCUAGAGACAUCGAGUUUUGCGUUUACUUUAGCGAGCUAACUUUAGCGUUCGAUAGCCACAUCGGCGUUUGGUUUAUGGAAAGUUGUUUGGCGUAGUAGUGUGAAGACGGAGGGAUAAUUCUUUGCAGUUGGAUAGGUCACAAUAUAUUUGAAGUUGAGUUGCAACGUUUGUGGUUACACACAUCAGUUUGAAUCUACGGCGAGCGAGCGCACAGUAAAACUUCAGCAGUUGAGAAUCCGAGCCAUACCUGUAGUCCAGCCUUGACCUCCAGCAGCAGCCAUGGAGAACGAUGUCUGCACGGAGGAAAAGGAGAAUGUUGCCGAUCAAACUGACCUGGUCAAGGACCUGGUCAAGGAGUCUGACCCAGGACCAUUUGUGCACAGAUAUACUAAGGAAAAGCUGCUGGAAAUAAAGGCACUGCCAAUAUCAAAUGAAAGGCCGGAUAUUCUGUCGGAGAAGUAUGACAGUGAUGGCGUGUGGGACCCAGAGAAGUGGCACGCGUCUCUCUACCCUUCCUCCGACAGGGACUCACCUGUGGACGGCCACAGGAAGGAUUACAUAGACGACAGAGUGCUGAAACGCAGAAUUGCAGACCCACGUGAGCGUGUUAAGGAUGAUGACCUUGAGGUGGUGCUGAGCCCGCAGCGCCGCAGUUUUGGAGGCGGUUGCCAGGUGGCGUUGCCCCCGGUGGCCAGGCGGCCAGUCAGCCCGCUGGAGAACAAGGAGAACGAGAGCCUGCGAUUGGUGGGCUCGCGGCGCAUCGGCAGCGGGCGCAUUAUGGCGGCCCGCACCUUUGAGCGCGACCUGCGGCCCGAGAGAGACCUGCGCCCCGACAAGGAGCGCGACAGGGACUACAAAGACAAGAGGUUCCGGAGGGACUUUACGGAUAAGCGUGUAUUCAAUGAGAGGAGAAGGAACGAUUCGUAUGCCGAGGAGGAGCCAGAGUGGUUCUCUGGGGGGCCCACCAGCCAGUCAGAAACCAUCGAACUCAUUGGUUUCGAUGACAAAAUAAUAGAAGAUGACAGACGCAAACUGAAGCGUUCGCGAAAGAAGAGCGACACCAUCAGGGAAGUGGAGUGCAAUGGAGGACUGUCGGAGGAGCCCGAGGUGGCACGUCAGUCAGGAGCUGACCAGGAGGUCCCACAUGCGGAGGUCUCUUCAGAGCAGACGACGGGAGACUUCGACUUCAACGAAUUCUUCAGUCUGGAGACCAUGCCUGGACUGGCCUCGAUGAUCGAGGAUGUGCUGGGGGAGGGCCCGGUGUCGGCGAGCCGCUUCAGCCGCUGGUUCUCCAGCAACAUGAGCCCCUCCGGCUCCCGCUCCAGCAGCCUCCGCUCCACACCACACGAGGAGCUGGAGAGACUGGCAGGGCUGGACCCCCGUUGCAGUUCUCCCACCCAGGGCCCAGCGCCCUACUUCACCCCCAUCACCUCGCACGAGGGCCGGGAUAAGGUGGACAUCUUGGAGCUGCUGCACAAGGCCAAGAUCGACCUGAAGCCCCUCCUCUCAAGCCUGUCUGCCAACAAGGCCAGACUCAAGGAGAACACAGGCAGUGGCGUGGUGCUGUCUCUGGAGGAGGUGGAGGGGGGUCUGAAGGGGCUGAAGGUCCAUGCGGAGCAGCCGCAGCCACAGCCGCAGGCUCCCCGGGGCGGCUGCGGAACCCCCUUCAUGGCCGAGCAGCUGGAGCAGGCCCUCACCGGCGGACCGCCUCGCGCCCCCCGCCAGCGUGACUCAGACAUGUCCGCCUUCAACAAGCUGGUCAGCUGCAUGAAGGCAAGUGGUACCCUGCCCACCCAGCCCAACCUCCAGCAGCAGCAGCCGGAGCCUCCAGUGAUGCAGCUGCCUGAAGCCCAGGUGCCCACAGCGCCGCAGCAGCAGAACAACAUCUUCCAGGAGUUGAUGGAUGCCCAUGGUCCGCCACACCCCCGGAGCACGUCUCCCAACUUGCUCAGCAGCCUGCUGGUGAACCACGAGGGGCCCCCUGUCCCCCCUGGAGGCCCUGCUGCCAUGGUGCACCGGCGGGGGCCCUCUCCCCCUCUCUUCCCCCAGAGGGCUCCCAUGCCCGACUACUUCAUGCCGCCAGCGGGCUAUCCUCUUGGGCCCCCGCCUAUAAUGGGAGAUCGCUUAGUAGAGAUGCAUCGCUCCUUGAGUCCAGUGCAGCCUCAACAGAUGCGAGCUAUUCCAAUGGGUGUCGACCUGCCUGACCUGGUGUUCCAGCAGGACCUGGCAAUCUCUGGCCGCCACCCGUACCAGCAAGCGUACAUUAACAAACAGGCCCUAGAAAAGCAGGCUUAUCGCAACAGACAACCAAGACUGAAUCGGUCACCAGGUCCCCACCCCACAGACAGGGGCUCCCCUGCCAACCCGGUCACAAGCAUGCUAUCUCCUUCCUUCACACCCACGUCGGUGAUCCGUAAAAUGUACGAGACCAAGGACAAGGCCCGAGACGAGUCAACAAGCCGACCUGGCAGCAAGGAGGACAACGUCAACUCCCUAGACGACAGCACGUCCCCGAGCCCCGGCCUGGACGGCGUGGAGGGCGGCUGUCCGGGAAAGUCCUGCUCCACCCCCGUUUCCUCGGCCUCCUCCUCCUCUUCCUCCCAGCAUCCCCGCGCUUCCCAGCGGCCCCCGGCCAACAACGCAGCACCCAACCCCGCCGGAGGCUCUUCUUCAGGGCGCCACACGCCCACGCUGGUGUCCCCUGGGCCCACCGCUCCCCCCACAGCCUCCUCCAGCUUCCCUCCCCGGCCCAUCUACCCCGUGCCGCUGCUCUCCCACGUGCCUCUGAUGCGGACCGCGCCCCCACAGCUGCACCCCAGCGUGGUCCAGAGGAUGCUGGCCCAGGGCAUCCAGCCCCAGCAGCUGGGCCCCACGCUGCUGCAAGCAGGCAUCUAUCCUCAGGCAGUGGAUCUGUCUCAACUGCAAGGUCUACCCCCAGCCCUGCUAGGUCAACCCCUGUACCCGCUGGGUCCCACAGGCCAUCCGCUGCUGGCCCCCCGGCCUGGCACACCUGCCCAUAUCCAGCUGGCUGUCUUACAGCAGCAACAACUACAGCAGCAGCAGCAGCAACAACAGAGACCAUCUCUGCACCCAGGGUCCCAAGGCUCCCUUCAAUCACAGAGCCAUAGCUCCAACCGCACAAACCAAGUCCCGCGGCGGGGGGCAGGAGGAGGAGGAGGAGGGAGCCCACCCCCGCUGGCCAAGUGGUUCGGCUCAGACGUCCUGCAGCAGCCCCUGCCCUCAAUGCCUUCAGCAAAAGUGAUAAGCGUGGAUGAGCUGGAGCUGCGACCGUGAAGAUGUGAGGGCACGAAGAAAGAUGUCACUUUGUUUCUUCCUGCAGAGUGAGAAGAGAUGUGGAAGUGCAGGCAACAGAGGGAUGGUAGAGAGCCACACGCUCGUUCUUUAUCCCCCCACACCCCCGGAAAAGUCCCUCAUGAGCGUUUACAAAGGCCUGAAAAUGAGAGAGGAAAAAAAGAAAAGUCUUGGACUGGACACCUGUUUUUUCCCCCUCCACUUCUUGUCCUUGUUUUGUGUAAUGUAGUUUAAAGAACAUUUUUCUUUUGUACGUUUUUUUUUUUCCCCAGUUCGACGCAGUAUAAAGUAAAUAAUGUAUAGACCAGAAUUGUACAUACCAGUGGGAAUGGUGUUUUUUGAUUUUUUUUUGUUUUUCCUUCCCCUAUCGUUUGGGGCAGGGGCUUUCUCCCUGUAUAUACUUGCCCAUCCCCAACGCCCUGCCCUGCCCUGCCCAACCCCCGCCAACCAUCGAGAAGGCAAAUGUGCUGGAACCUGACUCCGAAUCGGGACUAAUCCCGGAAAAAGUUAAGUCCCUUUUGGUCUUGUCCCUUGUUUAGUGGAGCUGUGCCGGUGGUGUCGCCGUCCUUGCCGUCCUCUUUUCUAUCCCCCACACACCACACAAACCCUGAACAUUACCUGAGGGGCAGCAGCCACCGUUCUGGGGCCCAGCGGUGCUGCUGCUGCUGCUGCUGAGACGCUGUUGGUCUGGUCAGCAAGAUGUCAUGGCGAGUGCCACUGAAUUGUCACGAGAGGGCACAGUCUUUCCCUCAGGACGGGGCCAAGUGCUUAAAGAUGCUUCUCCCUGUGCUGACUGCUGGUCAUGCCUUUCUGUUUCAUUUUUGGAGGGUGUUGCAUCUCCUUGUUUGUUUCUUUUUUAUCUCCCCUGCCCCCGCCCCCACCCCCACCUCCACCACGUUAUUCCUUUCCUUUGUCUCUACUUUGUCCCCUGAAGGUGAAAGCACUGCUCAAUGCUGAAUCAUGACGUUUGUUUGAGGGUGGUAGGCGUUCAACAUUAAAAUUAAAUGUGCUAUUGAUUGAAAAAAAGAAAGCACAACUAGAAUUAAUUGGGGGAAAUUACAAAAAAAUAAAUAAAAACGAAUUUCAACAGUGAA